AUGCCCGGCGAUCUUAAUCUCAAAAAGUCAUGGCAUCCUGGAUUGGUCAAAAAUCAGCAGAAACUUUGGCAGCAGGAACAAGAUGCCUUGAAAGAACACAAGAGGAUUAAAGAAAGGCAAAAGGAGAUUGAAGAGGAACGUGAAAAGCAAGACUUAUUGCGGUUACAGUAUGGUGAAGAUUUGUCGAGCUUGCCUAGCGAGAAGAAAUUAGAGAUGAAUAAGCUUGGCUGGAUGUACGAAGAGGGCCCCAAGAAAAAUUCCAGUGGGUUUACUGAGAUGAAUGGAGAGUUUCUCGAUGGUAAGCAGAAAGUGGAAGAUAUGUUGUCUGGAAGGCAGCAGGUUAGCAGUCUGAAAGGUAGUAGGCUAGACAAGCUUGUUUCUGGAGGUAAAACCAAAAGUCAGGAUGAGAAGACAAUAAGCUAUGGUAAAGAUGAUCCGCUAUUGAAGAUUAUGGGAGGGGUAAGGCGGGUAGUCGAAUCAGAUCGUAUGCAAGGUGAAAAAAGGACGAGGGACAUGGACCGUCGACUGAAAGAUGACAGGUAUAGAGAUAGAAAAGAUCGUAAAGAAAGUAGCACGAGUGAUAAGAGUAGGAGUCGAGAUAGAAGUCCCUCUCGCUCUCAUAGGCACUCGUCUCUGAGGUCAUCACAUUCCUCCUCGCACCGCAGCCAUAAGUCGUCAAGGUCGUCUUCACAUCGUUCUGACUCGCCUAAACCACAUCGCUCUGACUCGUCUAGGUCUCAUCGCGCCUCAGAAGCAAGCACCACGUCGACAGCAGCACCUAAACCACCAAAGGUCGACUAUUGA